CCUCUUUUCUCAUUAUCUCUCUCUCUCUCAUAACGAAUGCUCCGCAGCUUUUAAAGGGUUCUCACUCUCCGCAAAAUACGACGCCGUUCUCUCAUGGAUCCUCCGAGAAGACACUUCAAGGACUCUCGUUACGCCAAUCUCUUCGAUCUCGAGCCUUUGAUGAACUUUAGGAUUCCGAGGCAUGAAGAGGAAUCUGAUUACUAUGGGAGUAGUAGCCAAGAUGAAACUAGAGGCAAUCAAGGUGGGUUAGUAGCAAACUAUGGUAAUGGUGUUAAACUUGGGAGGAAUUCGAGUUCCAAGAAGAGAAAGAGGUGGAUAGAAGCUGAUGAUGAUGAUGGUGAUGAUGAUGAUGUAGAGGAUGGGUAUGACCAGUAUAGUCAACGUGUUACUGAGGAGCGUUACAGAGCAAUGCUUGGAGAGCAUGUUCAAAGAUUAAAAAGUAGGUCUAAGGAGUCUCGAGGGAACCAUCACGCUCCUUUGUUGGGUGUUCCGGUGAGGAAGAGUAAUGUGGGGGUUAACAGAAGUAGGAAUGAUCACCAUAGCCAUAAGAGAUUCUAUGACGUGGAUGCCUCGUCGAAUUUUGCAGCUGAUGGGAUGAUCCCACAAAGGCGAGGAAGCUAUCGUGAAACGAACAUUACCCCCAAAAUAGCAUAUGAGCCUUCGUAUUUGGAUAUUGGGGAAGGUGUUGUCUACAAGAUCCCUCCGAGUUAUGACAAGCUUGCGGCGUCGUUAAACUUACCAAGCUUUUCAGAUAUUCAUUUGGACGAUUUUUACUUGAAAGGAGCUCUGGAUUUGAGGUCAUUAGCAGAACUGAUGGCUAGGGAUAAAAAGUCUGGAGCUAGAAGCCGUAAUGGAAUGGGUGAGCCUCGAACUCAGUAUGAUUCUCUUCAAGCUAGAGUGAAGGCCUUGUCAGCUUCAAACUCCAGCCCUAACUUUAGCCUCAAGGUGUCAGAAGAGGCAAUGAACUCUGUCAUUCCUGAAGGAGCUGCUGGAACUACUGCACGGACGAUACUAUCAGAGGGUGGUGUUUUACAGGUCCAUUACGUCAAGGUUCUAGAGAAGGGAGAUACGUAUGAGAUUGUUCAACGAAGUCUACCUAAGAAGCUGAAGGUGAAGAAUGAUCCUGCAGUAAUUGAAAAGACAGAAAGAGACAAGAUUAGAAAAGCUUGGAUCAACAUUGUCAGAAGAGAUAUACCAAAACACCAUAGAGUUUUCACAACUUUUCAUCGGAAACAAUCAAUUGAUGCCAAGAGGUUUGCAGAUGGUUGCCAACGAGAGGUUAGAAUGAAAGUGGCCAGAUCAUUCAAACUGCCAAGGAGUGCACCAAUUCGCACCAGAAAGAUAUCUAGGGAUAUGCUGCUAUUUUGGAAACGGUUUGACAAACAGAUGGCAGAAGAGAGGAAAAAACAAGAAAAGGAAGCGGCAGAGGCAUUAAAACGUGAACAGGAGCUUCGAGAGGCACAAAGGCAGCAACAGAGGCUCAAUUUUUUGAUUCAACAGACUGAACUUUUCAGUCACUUCAUGCAAAACAAAACCGAUGCAAUGCCUUCCGAAUCCCUGCCGAUAGGAGAUGAGAAUCUGGUUGACGAAGGUGUCCAAGAACCUUCAGAAGCAAAACUUUCUGAGGUGGAGGAUCCUGAAGAUGCUAAAACGAAGGAAGAGGCCCUGAAGGCUGCCCGAGAGGCAGUGUCUAAGCAGAGAAAAAUAACAGAUGCAUUUGACACUGAAUAUAUGAAGCUACAGCAAACUUCUGAGAUGGAAGGGCCAUCAAAUGAUGUCUCAGUCUCGGGCUCCGGCAAUAUAGACUUACAUAACCCAUCUACAAUGCCUGUUACAUCAACAGUUCAGACUCCGGAAAUGUUUAGAGGAACUCUAAAAGAAUACCAAAUGAAAGGUCUUCAGUGGCUAGUGAAUUGUUACGAGCAGGGUUUGAAUGGUAUACUUGCUGAUGAAAUGGGUUUGGGUAAGACUAUUCAAGCUAUGGCGUUCUUAGCACAUUUGGCUGAGGAGAAAAACAUUUGGGGUCCAUUUCUGGUUGUUGCACCUGCUUCUGUUCUUAACAACUGGGCUGAUGAGAUCAGUCGUUUCUGUCCUGACUUGAAAACUCUUCCGUAUUGGGGAGGAUUACAAGAACGGACAAUUUUAAGAAAGAAUAUCAAUCCCAAGCGUAUGUACCGAAGGGAUGCUGGUUUUCAUAUCUUAAUUACCAGCUAUCAGCUAUUAGUAACCGAUGAAAAGUAUUUUCGCCGGGUGAAGUGGCAGUAUAUGGUGCUAGAUGAGGCUCAGGCAAUCAAAAGUUCUACAAGUAUAAGGUGGAAGACCCUUCUUAGUUUCAACUGUCGGAACCGAUUGCUUCUGACUGGUACUCCAAUUCAGAAUAACAUGGCGGAGUUAUGGGCCUUGCUGCACUUCAUCAUGCCGAUGGUGUUCGACAGCCAUGAACAAUUUAAUGAGUGGUUCUCAAAAGGAAUCGAGAAUCAUGCUGAACAUGGAGGUACUUUAAACGAGCACCAGCUUAACAGACUGCAUGCAGUAUUAAAGCCAUUCAUGCUCCGACGUGUCAAAAAGGAUGUGGUUUCUGAGCUAACUAGAAAGACGGAAGUUACAGUACACUGCAAGCUCAGUUCUCGACAACAAGCGUUCUAUCAGGCUAUCAAGAACAAAAUUUCUCUGGCUGAGUUGUUUGACAGCAACCGUGGGCAUUUUAAUGACAAGAAAAUAUUGAAUUUAAUGAACAUCGUCAUUCAACUUAGGAAGGUUUGCAACCAUCCAGAGUUGUUCGAAAGGAAUGAAGGAAGCUCGUAUCUCUACUUUGGAGUGAUGUCCAAUUCCCUUUUGCCCCCUCCCUUUGGUGAGCUAGAGGAUAUACAUUAUUCUGGUGGUCAUAAUCCCAUAACAUACAAGAUACCUAAACUUCUACAUAAAGAAAUGCUCCAAAACUCUGAAACAUUUUGUUCUUCAAUCGGGAAGGGCUUAUCAAGAGAAUCCUUUCUGAAGCGUUUUAAUAUAUUUUCACCAGAGUAUAUUCGUAGGUCAACACUCCCAUCUGAAAGUAGCGUAGAUCAAGCAGUUAGUGGAAGUGGAGCAUUUGGCUUUUCCCGUUUGAUGGAUUUAUCACCAUCAGAAGUUGGAUAUUUAGCUUUGUGUUCCAUCAUGGAAAGGCUGUUAUUCUCUAUACUGAAAUGGGAGCGGCGAUUCUUGGAUGAAAUAGUAGACUCUUUUAUGGAAUCCACAGAUGAUGAUCUUAGUGGAGAUAACAUCACAAGGGCUAAAACCAGAGCUGUCACAAGAAUGUUGUUGAUGCCAUCAAAAGUUGAAACGAGUUUGUUGAAAGGCAGAGUAGGCGCAGGGCUUACCUCUCACUCAUUUGAAUCUCUAGUGGUCUCUCAUCAGGAUAGGCUACUUUCAAACAUCAAACUCCUACAUUCUGCAUAUACUUUUAUCCCUAAAGCCAGAGCUCCACCGGUAGGCGUUCAUUGCUCGGACAGAAACUCUGCAUAUAGAAUUACAGAGGAAAUGCAUCAACCAUGGCUUAAGAGGCUGUUACUCGGAUUUGCAAGAACAUCUGAAGCUAAUGGUCCCAGGAAGCCGAACAACCUUCCACAUCCGUUAAUACAAGAGAUUGACUCGGAGCUCCCAGUUGUGCAACCUGCGCUUCAACUGACCCAUAGAAUCUUUGGCUCUUGCCCUCCUAUGCAAAGUUUUGACCCUGCAAAGCUGCUCACGGACUCUGGGAAGCUGCAGACACUUGAUAUAUUAUUGAAACGACUUCGAGCUGGAAAUCACAGGGUGCUCCUCUUUGCUCAAAUGACAAAGAUGCUUAAUAUUCUAGAGGAUUACAUGAACUAUAGAAAGUAUAAGUACCUCAGGCUUGAUGGAUCAUCCACCAUCAUGGAUCGCCGAGAUAUGGUUAGGGAUUUUCAGCAAAGGAACGAUAUUUUUGUAUUCUUGCUGAGCACCAGAGCUGGAGGACUUGGUAUCAACUUGACGGCUGCUGACACAGUCAUUUUCUAUGAAAGUGAUUGGAAUCCCACCUUGGAUUUACAAGCUAUGGACAGAGCUCAUCGUCUUGGUCAGACAAAAGAUGUUACUGUUUAUCGGCUCAUCUGCAAGGAGACGGUAGAAGAGAAAAUUCUGCACAGGGCAAGUCAGAAAAAUACAGUUCAACAGCUUGUAAUGACAGGAGGUCAUGUUCAGGGUGAUGAUGUUUUUGGAACUGCGGAUGUGGUAUCGUUGCUUAUGGAUGAUGCAGAGGCAGCACAACUGGAGCAGAAAAUCAGAGAACUACCAUUACAGGUAAAGGACAGGCAGAAGAGAAAACAGCCAAUGAAACGUAUCAGAAUAGAUGCUGAAGGAGAUGCAGCUUUGGAAGAGUUGGAUGAUGCUACUGAACGACAGGAUAAUGGGGAGGAACUUCACCAAGAACCGGAAAUUACAAAACCUACUAACAAAAAGAGGAAAGCCACUCCUUCAAUUCCGAGACCUAGAGCUCCACAGAAAGCAAAGGAAGAAGAGAAUGGAGAAGGAGAUGAUGCUCCUCUUCAACCUCAGAGAACAAAAAGGGUAAAGAGACAAACAAAGAGCAUUAACGAGUCUCUUGAACCUGCAUCAGUUACUCCAACAAAUGGAGAAUUCAACCCAAGUAGCUCUAAUGCAGAUGCUGACUAAUCCUAAGAAUGUUAAAGCUUUAAUAGAUAUCAACUCCAUGCAGGUUUUAGUAAACUUGGUUCCUAGCUUUUAAGCUAAUUGUACAGAUUUUAAUAAAUAAGCUUUUACUCUUUAACCUACAUCGAUCUAAUGGUAUGUACAUGUUUAAAUAUUGUUGGCAAUUCAUAGUGAAUUUUGUUAUAUUGGUUGAUUAUAUUUUGGUAUGGUCAUCCAGACCCUCUCAAGUAAGAUAUGUU